AUGAGUAAAAUCCAGCCUUUUGUUGAACUUAUAACAUCAAAGCCAAAAAACUUACAUUGUUGUUUUCAUAUGCAUGUAUUAGCCUUCAGAAAAUCCGAUGAUAAAAUAUUGUUGCUGUUGUAUUUAUUUACUACUACUACUACUACUACUACUACUACUACUACUACUACUACUACUACUACUACUACUACUACUACUACUACUACUACUACUACUACUACUACUACUACUACUACUACUACUACUACUACUACUACUACUACUACUACUACUACUACUACUACUACUACUACUACUACUACUACUACUACUACUACUACUACUACUACUACUACUACUACUACUACUACUACUACUACUACUACUACUACUACUACUACUACUACUACUACUACUACUACUACUACUACUACUACUACUACUACUACUACUACUACUACUACUACUACUACUACUACUACUACUACUACUACUACUACUACUACUACUACUACUACUACUACUACUACUACUACUACUACUACUACUACUACUACUACUACUACUACUACUACUACUACUACUACUACUACUACUACUACUACUACUACUACUACUACUACUACUACUACUACUACUACUACUACUACUACUACUACUACUACUACUACUACUACUACUACUACUACUACUACUACUACUACUACUACUACUACUACUACUACUACUACUACUACUACUACUACUACUACUACUACUACUACUACUACUACUACUACUACUACUACUACUACUACUACUACUACUACUACUACUACUACUACUACUACUACUACUACUACUACUACUACUACUACUACUACUACUACUACUACUACUACUACUACUACUACUACUACUACUACUACUACUACUACUACUACUACUACUACUACUACUACUACUACUACUACUACUACUACUACUACUACUACUACUACUACUACUACUACUACUACUACUACUACUACUACUACUACUACUACUACUACUACUACUACUACUACUACUACUACUACUACUACUACUACUACUACUACUACUACUACUACUACUACUACUACUACUACUACUACUACUACUACUACUACUACUACUACUACUACUACUACUACUACUACUACUACUACUACUACUACUACUACUACUACUACUACUACUACUACUACUACUACUACUACUACUACUACUACUACUACUACUACUACUACUACUACUACUACUACUACUACUACUACUACUACUACUACUACUACUACUACUACUACUACUACUACUACUACUACUACUACUACUACUACUACUACUACUACUACUACUACUACUACUACUACUACUACUACUACUACUACUACUACUACUACUACUACUACUACUACUACUACUACUACUACUACUACUACUACUACUACUACUACUACUACUACUACUACUACUACUACUACUACUACUACUACUACUACUACUACUACUACUACUACUACUACUACUACUACUACUACUACUACUACUACUACUACUACUACUACUACUACUACUACUACUACUACUACUACUACUACUACUACUACUACUACUACUACUACUACUACUACUACUACUACUACUACUACUACUACUACUACUACUACUACUACUACUACUACUACUACUACUACUACUACUACUACUACUACUACUACUACUACUACUACUACUACUACUACUACUACUACUACUACUGAGACGACAACGACGACUAUUUGA